UGCGAGCUGUCUUCUUCAUCAAGCGAUCGGUGCUCAGAAGCGAUUCUUCAGUCGGAAUAAGCCAAAAUCGGAAAGCAAUCCAAUGGGCCAGGACGGAGCCCCACAGGAAAAGGCUGCCCGCCGGGCGGCCCUUCGCAAUGAGUACUGGCGCACGAUGACCAACCCGCACAACCAUCUGCGUGGAGAGUCCGGUGGAGUGUUUGAUACUGGAUUAGCGCGAUUCCAAGCGAUGCGCGUAAAUCACUUUGAGCACUUCAAGCCGACCGGACGCUCGUUCAAAAUUGGAAUGCUCACCGUUGUCCUUCCCAUCAUUGUUUACGCGAAAAUGAUGAAGUACGAGCGGGACCAGCGGGAACAGCAGUACCGCACCGGUCAGGUGGCGUAUAAGGAUCGCCGUUUCAAGUUUAUCUAAAUCAAUUACCCACUAAGUGGUCGUUUCUGUUCCGGUAGCAAAAAGCGCAUUGCAAAAUAAAAUGUCUUUACACUUCAAUGUGAUAUGCUAAAAUCACG